AUGUCUUCUGCCGUCGACAACCUUGCAGAUAACCUCAAGAAUAGCAGCCUGGAGGAUAACUCUGCUGCCAACAAUGAAGCAGUUCUGGCUUCUGCCGCAGAAGGUCGUCGAUUGUAUAUAGGGAAUCUCGCUUAUGCGACAACUGAGGCGGAAUUGAAGACCUUCUUCUCAGGCUAUGAUGUCGAGUCAACCUCAAUCCCCGUCAACCCACGCACCAACCGCCCCGUCGGUUAUGCCUUUGUCGAUUUGAAGACCGCAGACGAGGCCGAGAAAGCCAUCACCAAUCUGUCAGGCAAGGAUAUCCUCGAACGCAAGGUCUCUGUUCAACUUGCCCGCAAGCCUGAGCAGAACGCCACUGGCAACGACUCCGCCGCCGAAGGUGAUGCUGAUCGCAAGAGAUCCGCUGGUCGGGGCCGUGGCGGCCGUGGUCGCGGACGAGGCGGUCGUGCUCGUGGAGGAGCCAGAUCUGAUGGCACCGCCGCUCCCGCCACCGAUCUCGCCGAAAACCCACUCCCCUUGACCGAUGUUACCGCAGAGGCCAACAAGCAAGCCGCUCCCUCUGCGGAUGCCAAAUCCCGGACUCCUCGCCCACCAAAGCAGCGAGGGCCCCCAGAGGACGGCAUCCCAUCUACCACCAAGGUCAUGGUUGCCAAUCUUCCUUAUGACCUUAGCGAGGAGAAGCUCAAGGAAUUGUUUGCAGCCUACGAUCCCAGCUCUGCAAAGAUUGCACUUCGCCCGAUCCCUCGCUUCAUGGUCAAGAAACUUCAAGCCCGCAACGAGCCUCGCAAGGGCCGUGGCUUCGGUUUCGUGACUCUUGGCUCUGAAGAUCUACAGAAGAAAGCCGUUGAUGAGAUGAAUGGCAAACAGAUUGAAGGUCGUGAAAUUGCUGUCAAAGUUGCCAUCGAUAGCCCUGGCAAGGAAGAUGGCGCCGAGGGUUUCGAGAGCACUGAAAAUGGCACCAACGGUACUUCUGAGGAGGUCGCAGCCACCGCAUAA